UUCAAACAGCUAAAGCAAACUCGUGAUAGUACAUGAUAUGAAGAAGGAGGUCGUAAUCUUGACUCUCAACGUUUUGACAUCGCUACAAGGCUAGAAAGAGUAAAGACAUAGCUCCGGAGCUACUUACUGGCCCUCGGCUGAUGUUGUCUUCUUCGUUGAGUGAACGUGAGACAAGAAAAUGAUCAUCCACCACUAACACGCUCCUCAGAAUUCAAGAUGUCCGCCGCUGACAGCAGCUUGAGUUGUGAAUUAGAGUGUGCCAUCUGCUUCGAUCAACUGAAACAGCCGAAGUAUAUCGGUCCCUGCAACCACACAUUCUGCAAGGAUUGCAUCGAUAAGUGUUGGGUCUCCCUUGAGAAGCGGAGAACAAUUCCUUGUCCACAAUGCCGCGAAGAAUGCCCAAUCCCGUCAAAUGGCGUUGACGACCUGAAGGACAACUUCAUGGUAAACAACAUCAUAGAGACAUAUCGAAAGCAACAACAGAGAGCUGCACUUCUCGCGGAAAUCAAAUGUAUCCAGUGUCCGAAUGAAGCCUCGUCUUUCUGUAAAGAAUGCGACUCUAAAAUGUGCCCUGGAUGCAUAGGACAGCAUGACAGUGACCUGAGUACAAAUGCCCACGACCUCUAUGGACUUUGUGCAACACAUGGCAACGGACUACUGUUCUUCUGUAGCCCUUGUAAAACAGCUGUCUGCAGUGCCUGCAGAAUAUCUUAUCACAAGCAGGGUGACCACCACGUGAUGCCAAUCCGUCAAGUGGUUCGUGCUCUAAUGUCAUGCAUUCAGGCAUCUUCCACUGAACUUGAAGACGCGAAUAUGCCUCGAGUUGGAGAGCAUCAAACGAAACUGUCGCAGCUGCGUGAUAUCGUCCAGCAACAGUCGACUUCCGCUGAAAAGCAAGCGAUUGUCGGUACCGAAAAAAACAUAGCUAAGAAUAGGGAAGACAUCCGGGAUCACCAGGCAAAGAGUCAAAAGAUACAAAAGCAAAUCGACCUCUUGGUGAAGGAAAAGGAGAAGGAGGAUGAAAUGACAAAGCAACUCGUCAAAGACGUAGACAAACUCGAGAAAGAGAAGGCAAAAAUCAUCGCAAGCGUCAGAGAGAAGUUCACCAAAUCAUCUGAGAAGAUCAACCUGCGUCUUCGAUCCCUUGAGACCCGUAGGAAAGAAAUGAAGACAAAAAUAGAGCAGGGCCGAGCAGUAGGAUCUACCAGAAUCUCCAUUGAUACUGAGAGCAUUGCUUACCUGACCAGCAUCAGUCAGGAACUCGUGGACUUAGUCGGUGCUUUAAGGGACAGUGACACUGUGGCUGUGAUAGAGGAAGUCACGAGAUCGAUCGGUAAAACAAAGCGGGAUUUCCCACAAUUGACGAAGAUGUGUAACUUAACCUUUCCAAGAAAUCGGCCGUGUAGGGAAGUUUACCGAUUGAAGCAUCUACCUGACUCUCGCCUUGCUACAUUAGCCUCAUCUUGUGGUGGUUUCGCGGACACGAUUUACUUCCAUGACGAAGUAUCUUCUUCACUGACGGGCACAAUCACAAAGGGAGUUAACCAUGCUACAGACAUGGCCUUCACAUCCACUGGUGAAGUGGUAGUGGCAAGACAUGAAAAGCCGCCCAUUAGAGUGUUUAAGCCUGCUACUGGUGCAUACCGUGAUAUUAACAUUACCCAUGAUGGGAAGGUGAUUGAUAAGCUGUGGCAUGUUGAGACUGAUGAGUCUGACAACAUGUUUGUCUUAACUGCUGGCUUUGAUUCUCUUCUUCGUGUUAUGAAACCGAAUGGCACCGUCAUUCAGUGUAUCAUGUUAACUGUACGUCCUUACAGUAUGGGUUUCUGUUCACUGAAUAGAACCCUAUAUAUCGCUGCUGGUGACAGUAUCGUAAGGUUUCACUGGAGUAAUGACAUCCUUGAAGAGAUCUCAUCAUGUUCACACGGCGUGGCAAGAUUUCGUUGCUAUGAUGUCUGUAUUGGUAGCGGUGGCGAGGUGUUGGUGGCUGGUCGGAUGAGGAAUAAUGAUAUCGUUAUCUACCAGGUGACAGAAGGAGAAGAUGAGGAGGACAUGGUAUGGAGGGAGAUAGAGUAUCAAGAUGGUGAGAAGAGAACAAGUUGUUACUUGCCGUUCAUCAGCAUCAAUGAUGAUAAUCUCUGGCUUGGAUAUAAUGACAAGCUUGAGAAGUUCAAGUUGGUUUAAAUAUCGGGUGUAUGUAGAUGACAAAAGAAGAAUGCAUGUACCAGGGCCGUAUCUAUAGCGGGGUGCAGCGUCUUCGAAAAAACGUCUUGUUAAUUACAGAUUUAGGCACUUUUGGGACAAGAAGUGGUGUUCAAAAAAGUUAAAAACGGUCCUGACCAUAAGAUUGAUAAGAAUUAUUCAGUAAAUUGGAGAGAUAUUUGUCAUAUUUUUUAAAUGUGCGAGAAAGUACGGGUACUCGUUGUUUAGGGCCAUGAUUGUACAGUUACCACCAAAAUGCGUUCUUACUUGCUCUAGUACAUUUUUUUCUCACAGUGAAACGAAGCAUCGAAAAUAGACAAUGCUAAUCCCACUCUUUUUUACUUCCUGUACACCCCGUAGAAUCAAAAUCCAGAUUCCGAUUCCGAUUCCGAUUCCUGAAUAUGUCUCUCCCAUAGCACUGCCAAAUAUGGUAGUAUUUUACUGAUGCGUAUCCGGCUUCGGAUCUAGAGAUACUAGGCCUACUAUGAAUUUAUUUCACACCGAACACCAUCUCUGCUAAGUCUAUGUUUAAAAGGAACUUUAUCGCGUCCUGAAGCAAGGUAGCGCUGUUUUCCUGGACGCAUGACCGAGGGACUCAGAUUUCAGAAAUAUACGAGAUGACUAGGAAUGGGGAUUUGGCGCAUAAUGCCUGGAGUUCAGGAUCUUAAAUCGGCACUGCACAACAAUAUGUCCGACUUUUUUACCAGGUACUCGAGCAGGCAAAAAACAACUGAAGUGUCAAGGGUUUUGUUUUUCUGGGACAGACUGAUAAUUUGAAGUAAUAUAUGACGACACUGCCAUUGUCUCACAAGUGUUGGCCUAAAUUUUGUUCGAGGGGAGUCCAUGAUUCCACCGUUUAUCAAUUAAUGAGACCGCAAUACGCCCACUUCUUCGAGAUCAGUCAACUUGAAAGGAUCUUAGCUAGUGAUGAGACCACUAUACGCCAACUACCUCGAGGACGGUCAACAUGAACCCACUAAGGCUAUCUUUUUUAAUAAACCAUCAUCCAAACACAGUAAUGUCCGAUUCCACCAAAACGUUUUCCAGCUGCGGUCAUCGCCACGAUGGAACCAUUUUCAGCCCAGCCGUAACUGUAGUAGUUGGUGAUUUAAAUUAACUGCUCGGCGAACAAUUUGGUGACAAGGACACCCUCAAUAAAAACAAUGAUUAUCGUCCUAAGGUGGUCAUCAGGACACCUCUCUAGUAAGGACAGCAGGGUAUUGUUAAUAAAGAGGAUUAGAAUGUGUGUGUGUCAUAUGACUUUAGCUAUCAUUAGUUUGGGAUUCGAUAUAUCAUUUUUACCGUUUGUAUUGUAUAUGUUGAUUUGGUAGAGGUUCUUACACUCUUAACCAUAAACAACAUCAAAAGGAGACAUUUGCACAAUGUAAACUGUCAUUUGAAUGCAGUGUUGAGAAUGUUGUGCUCAUUUCUAAACGCACGGGAUACCUAUAUAUGUUUUAUAUAUUGAAUAUAUCUUUAUAGUAUAAAUAUGGGACAGUUUUACGACAUAUGGUGCUCAUUAUUAAUGUCACAAAGGUUGGUUGUCGUUGGCCUAAUUUAAAAACUGUGUAUCGAGUCAUUUUAUAAAAAGGUGCCGAUACAAACAUGUGUAAGGAAUUGAUACAGAACUGAAGGUGUAGGUCGGUUGUCUCAUGACCUAACAUGAAGAAUGGAGCUUAAUUAAUUUAGGCCAAAACCAAUGCGCCCAACAGAGGUUUUGUACAAACAGACAGCUCCUUCGAACGGUAGUGUUGUGCGACAACCUACACCGAUAGUGUUGUGCCGGUGUCAAUGUCCUUCCUCUAACAGCUCUAUCCGAGCGAUGUUGGCCCAGUGUUCUGUGAGAUAACCUACACCGAUAAUGAGGUACCGGUGUCAAUUUCAAUAAUCCUCUAACAGCGCUAUCUGAGCGAUGUUUGGCCCCGGUGUUGUAUCUAAACCGAAGAGAACCGAAAAGGCAUGCGUUAUUCCAUGUCAGAUUGUGAUUUUUUUCCCUUUUUUGUGCAAUUUGUUAAUGAAACUGGGUAAUAUUGCCCUUAAUAAAGCCAA